AGUAUAUCGAAAAAUGAAAUUAUUUUAUUCGUUAUUAUCCUUAUUUUUUGCAACCUUUGCAAUUGGUGCUGCCGUACAAGGUGAUGCAUUUCAACAAGAAUUUAAUGAAUUCCUCGCGGUUCUUGAAUCAUACAAUGAUCCCCUGGUUUUUAAAAGAGACUAUCCUCCACUUACUGCUGCUUUGACAGCAUUGAAUAAAUCCGGACAAGGGGUUCAAAUUGCCCACGCCAUGUAUAGUAAUAAAGCCACCCAACCAACAGUUAUAAAUGCAGUUGAAAACUACAUUAAUGCAACCACGUUAACCCAAAUCUUGAAAGAUGCUGAUGAUUCAAACUUGGCUGUGGAUAUAGUUAUGAUCCUUUUCACCAAUCCUAAUAUGAUUCCUGGUUUAACUAACAUCAUUAAGACCCUUCAUGAUGAUGGUGUUUUCUCGUUUUCAUUAAAGAAGAGAGGGUUACUUGAUGGUAUCCUUGGAGGGUUGAAUGGUGUAAUUACUUCUAUUCAAAACCAGAGUAUCCAAACUAUUGUCAAGUUAAUGAAUUCUGUAGCUGAUUCGGAAGAUAUUUAUGAAUCGUUGGAAAAAUCUGGACUUUUCAUUUCUGUGUUUGAAGACAUUGUCACUACCACCGAUGGUCAAGCAUUUGCAGUUAAUUUAGUUACGGAUAUUAUCAACGAUGAUGUUAUCACUUGGUCCCUGUUGAUAAGUGCUGUAAAUGAUUCGGCAAUUAUUGCAAGCACAGCCUCCAAAAUAUUCACCAAUGCUACUAAUAGACUGAUUAUUCUCCAAUGGAUCUUAACGAAUGGUCUCAGUGUACUUCUUGAAAUUAUAGAAGCAUUAUUUUAACUAAAUAUGUUACUGUUUAUACCAUAGUGUUUUAUAUAUAUACCUACAACAACAACCUAUACGAAGUCAUUCAAUGUGAUAACAUCAAAUCUCUUUCUU